GUAAAUAUGAACUUGCAAAGGAAUAAGAAUUUAUCUAAAUCUGGAGAGAGAAAAUCUUCUACAGGAGGAGGACUCAGACCCCAUCAUAACGGAAUGAGAAAAACAUUUAAAGGAUUUAAAGCUCCCAGCAGUAUGAAAUAUUAUGGAGGCUUUGAAAUGGCUAAAAAGAGACCCAGAACUAUCCGUCGAGACAAAUAUGCACUCUAUGACGAUGUAAUUAAACUAAAAUUGAACAACAAUAUCCUUACAUGCGAGAACAUGCAACUCAAAACAAGAAUUAGAAGACUAGAAAGAGAACAUGAAAACAAAGAUAACAAAAUUAUAGGCGAAAUUAAAUAAGAUCGAAGAACAAAUGAAUUUUCAUCAGGACUCUGACAGUAAAAAUGAUCAUAAAUCAAGUCCAUUCCCUAACAAAGACAACAUUAAGUUAGAAAAGUUGACCUAUCAGACAAAUCUUUCAAUGGCCUUAAGAAGACAGAUUCAAGACCAAAAGGAAGAGAUUAGACAAAAAGAUGAAGAAAUAUUCACCCUAAAAAGGGACGUUAGGAAUACAAAACAUACUGAAUUUGAGACUGAAAAUGGGAUCUUAAUGAAUGAGUGAGUUAGGCUAAGAGCAAUUAUUGACCAACUGUUCUCCCAAAUUGGACCUGAUGCUCUCAAGACUGAGACUGAUGAAAACAGUUCAACAAUUCAAAGAAAAGAAAGAUCGAAAGAAGAUAUGAUACAGAAUUUAUUAGAAGCAAAUCAACAAUUUCAAAAAGUUGACCAAGAUAAAGAUCAUAAAAUCAUGGAAAUGCAGGAUUAUAUUAAUAAUAUUGAUGAGAGACUACAAAAGAAGAUUAAAGAAUGUCAAGAGAACAAGAAAAACCAUCUAAAGACCAUUAAAAAUAAGAACAAAGAGAUAAACUCCCUUAAAUCACAAAUUGACUCUUCUAAGAAAGAUUCAAGAGUGCAAAGAUCUAUUGAAUAUAAGAACAAAGAAAAGGAAGCUGUUAGCAAAUUAGAAAGAGAUCUCCAAAGAGUUAAAGGAGAUCUCAAAAAAUUCAAAGAAAAUGAUAAGAAAAUGAAGAAAACUAUUCAAAAUCUUGAACAAGAUAAGAAAGAUAAUGUUUUGGAAAUAAAGGAACUUAGGAGACAAAUUAAAUCCAAUGAAACAAAAAUAGAAGUACUCAAAGCUAAGACUCAUUCUGAGACAUCUUCAAAUGCACAAACUAAAACUCCUGUAAAUCCUGCAAUUCCAGACCCAGUUAAUGCUUACAAUGGAAUGCAGAGAGAAAAAGAGCCUAAGCUUAACCCAAUUAUUUUGGAUAAUUCAGCAAAUAAAAAUGUUAAGGACAGUUAUGAAUACGAUAUUGACAACAGCCAGUGGAACAACAAAGAUGCUCCCAAACAAGAAGCCCUCAGCCAAAGUAGGCACUCUGAACAGCAUAUUCCAAACCACAAAGACAGCCGAGCCACAGGCGAGUCAGUUCAGCAGAAAGCAGCUCGUGAGAAUGCAGAGCUCCAUUCAGAAAGCUCGCUUCAUAAAGGUGGCCUUCAAGAAAGCGAAGAAAGAGUUCAGCAGCAUAAUCAGAAUGAGAUUCUGGCAGAGGAGACUCAGAACCACAAAGCAGAGCGGCAGGAUAAUGAAGGGGAGGACACACAACAUCGAGGACACAAAGAGAAGAGUGACCAUCAUUCUGAAAAGAAAGUAGAAGAUCAAUAUGACAGCGAUCAGGAUUUAUUUCCAGAUAAUUUUGAUGAUCCAAAACAAAGCUCUAAAGAUAUGCCAUCAAAUUCUCAAGAUAAACUGGUCACCAGAUCUGAUGAAAACAAAAAGGAAGAAAAAGUAAUAGAAAUAGACAGGAAGGAAAGUCAUUCUAAAGUCCAGACAGUCAAAGAGCCUAGCAAAGGUUUGGAAGAAGAUAGACAAUCCUCUAAUAAGUCAGAAGAGAAAAUGCUAAUUCAUAAAUCAACUGAUAAAGAAGAAUCAGAUAAAGAAGAAUCAGAAAAGAAAGAAUCAGAAAAGAAAGAAUCAGAAAAGGAAGAAUCAGAUAAGGAAGAAUCAGAUAAGGAAGAAUCAGAUAAGGAAGAAGAUGAGGAAUAUGAUGAGGAUCAAUUCGAAGCUCCAAAAACAACUGAAAGAGAAGACACCAACAAAGAUUCUGGUCUCCAACCUCUCAUUAAAAAUGAAGAUAACAAUAAAUCUAAGGAAGAUCAGAAAUUGGCUUUAAAGCAAGAUGACAAAAAUAAGGCUAGCGAAAAAGAAGAAUCUGAGAAAAGUGUAACAAAAGCUAUUAACGAUAAAAACAAUCCAAUUGUUAGAGAGGAAGAAGCUCCUCAACAAAUAGAAAAUCCUUAUGAAAAUCAAGAACAAGAUGGGCAGUAUGAGAUUGACGGGGUCCCAGAGAAACCAAGAAUGGGGAAUAGCCAGCCUGAUGAUAACCAAAGUAAUGAAGAAGAUAAAGAAGAUCCGAAUAAUAUGCACCAACAAGAAGGAGAAGGCGAGGGUGAAGGUGAAAUGAACCUUACUGAUGAAGAAGUUUUCGAAAUAGCAGAAAAUGCCUUACUCAAAGUGGCUCACUGAUUCCUAGUGAGAGGAACAACAGUGAGUGAGCUAUUCAGUAAUCACAUACAACAAGUCAGUUAUGAAGGACAACCAAUUCUUAUCAUAUCUCCUGAAAUAUUUAUAGAAGGGCUUAAAAUACUAGACAUCCAGAAUAUGACUGAAUUAGAACUUGCCUGUCUCAUGAAUGUUCUAGUCAAGCCAGAACUUGAGAACGGUAUUCUUGUUGAGGAGUUAGAAUCAAUCAUUCAAAAUGCACCACAGAUUCUAAACAUGCAACCUGAUGGAGAAGGGGAUAGAGAAGAUAAUCAAGACGUUCAGAAUAUGCUUGUCAUAGAUCCAUCAAAUAAUCCGGCUGAAGCAUAUAAUCAAGUCAAUGAAUCAGAAGGAAUGUUUGGGCAAAACAUGAAUGCUCCUUAUCAUGCACAUAAUGAUGAUAACCUCAUUCCGAGAGAUGUAAUCCCUGAAGAUGAGAAUGAAAGAACUCAAGACUCUGCUCUAAUAAGAAUCACUGAAGAAAGAGAUGAUACUCGAAACAGUAAUCAAGACAACCAAUCUCAAAGUCUCAUAAUUCCAAAAACAGAGGACAAAGAUGGCAACUAUGAAGAUGAUUGUGAAGAAGAAGAGCCUAUCCCUACAAAACCAUUUGAUGACCAUCAAAACGAAGCAGCUCCUGUAGAUCAACAAGAAUAUUUAAGAUUAUUGCAAACUCCUUCAGAUAGGCCACAUACCAGAAAUCCUCGGAUGCAAAGAGAUGGAAGUAAAACAAAUGAAAGCAAAUCCAAACCUGUUGAAAAUUUUGGAAGCUUCGAAGAAAAGCAAAAAACCAAAGAAUCAAACAAAAUAGAGAAAGAAAUAAAAGGAGGGUUUGAACUUCCUGACGACUCAGAUCAAUAAAUUAUUUUCAGACAAAUUAUUAAAAUAUGCUUCAA